GGGAAUAUAACGUCGCGAUGGCGCCGGUGAUUAGGAUGACACGAGCUUUCACGGCAGCACAGUCACAGCAGCGAGGCGAGCAGCGUGGCCGGGGCGGCGUGCGACCCCCACGCGCGGCUCCGCACACGUGUGAGAGAGCAGAGAGGGCUGACGGCGAUGCCUUCCCGUCCCCCAGGAGCACAUCCUGUGCUGCGCCGUGCUGGCGUUGGCGGCCACCGCCACCGGUACUACCACCACCGCCGCGGCCGCCGCCAACGCGACUGCGACGCCCGGCAGCCCGAGCACCACCUCGACCACCUCCACGACCACCGCGCCCACGACCGGACCCACAGCCGCAGCCGCGACCACCGCGGCGACGCUCGCGGCCACAACCGAAGCUGCGGCAGCAACGGCCGCGCCCGACUCGGACGCGGCGGCGUCGUCCUCCGUGGCGGCGUGGAGCAGGUCGGGCCGGCCCAGGACGGCCAGGACCAACGUGCUUGAUAUCGAUGACAACAGUCUGGUGACAAAUCAGGGAGGUCAAAGCCUUCAAGGAUUCCAGGCGCUCCAGGGCCUGCAGGGAGUCCAAGGCGCUCAGAGCCAGAGCCAGGGCCAGGCUGAGGACAACGACGACAGCGAGCCCUACGCGUUCGACUACGCCGUGCGGGACCCGUCCACGGGGGACACCAAGAGCCAGUGGGAGUCGCGGGUGGACGGCGUGGUGCGCGGCAUGUACACCCUGCUGCAGCCCGACGGCUCGCUGAGGUCCGUCUCGUACACGGCCGACAACCAGAACGGUUUCCGGGCCACCGUCAGGCUGGACAGCCCCGGCCUGCCCGUGGGCCCCACGCGCCCCGGAGCGGGCGGCGGCGGCGUCCCCACCAGCAGCGUGUCGAGCAGCGCCGCCCGGGGCACCGCUGGCUCCAGGCCGUCGGUGCAGCAGUUCCAGUUCCCCUCGCGACCCGCGGCCCCCGCAGCCACCCCGCCCAGAACGCCGACCACCGCUUCCAGCGGCGCCUCGACCGGCGCCUCGUCAUCGGCGUCCACCUCCACGAUCGAACCAGCCAGCGGCGGGGAGGCCGGGGUGUCGCAGCCGCAGGCGCUCAGGGCAUCGCCGUUGGCCGAGGACGGCGACGACAGCGCCUGGAAGGUGAUCCUGGGCAGCUCGCCGGGCUCGUCCUCGCCAUCGGCGCGUCCCUCGGGCGGGGAGGACAUCUCCCAGCUCUUCGGCGGGCACGACUUCCCUCCGCAUACCGUACCCGGCGGGCAGCCCCCGUGGCUUGAGCACAACUCGGUGGGCGGCUUCGAGAGCUCGUCAGACCAGCUGAUGCUGGCGGGCCCGGACUACCCCGGGCUGCAAGCGGGCGAGGGCCCGCAGGUUCAUCCGCCGGUGCGGCUCCCGCUCGAGCACGAGGUGACCGCCAGCCACUACGUCUUCGCCGAGCCCACAGAGGGGCACAGUCACGGACACGAACACGGCCUCCAGGAGGCCGCCGACGACAGCAUGCGGCAGCUCAUGCGGCGGCAGAGGGCACGCAAAAGGCACGUCGGCCACCCAGGCGGCGCCGUCGGCCACCCCACCAUACUGAGGGUGCGGCACCUGCGGCAGCACCACCCACCGCGGUGGACGUGGGUCGCCGCCAAGGAAUAAAAGUACUUUUACCUCCA